GGAGCCUACGAGGAAGUAAGCAGUGCUUCCCACGCUAACCCACUCUGAACUGGGAUAGAUAGCCGGUACGUCGGCACAUGGGCAAGCGCAGCGACCCAUUCCCCUCCAGGCAAAAUACGUAAGAAUACAGUGUCUCCGGGUGCAUUCGCUCGCAUUCUUUCACUGAAGAAGGCCGAUCAUGGCGGAGGAAGCCGAAGGACGUAAGCCGAAGCGGCAGAAGCGUUGUGAGGCACAUCCGCCGACAGGGGUCGGUUUUCGUUCCAAUUCGGGCCCGCUGUACUUCGAAACACGUUUCAAUUGCGGCGGAGCAGAAUUUAGGUUGUAUAAGAGUAGGAUUGAGUCGGUGACAGUAGGAGGGUUAAUGUACGAUAUUUCGAAGCGGUAUGAACGGUGGCUUAAAUCGGUUGAUGGAGUCGGAAACGAGGAAUCGCCCACCCUGGAGUUGAACUUUUCGGAGUACUCGCUUGCCCUGAAGUUGGAUCCUUUCCCUUCUGACCUCCUAGAAUUGAACGAUUCGAAUUUGCCUUUUAAAAAAAAAAUGGACUACAAGAAAAAGCUGGUGGAGAUGGUACGACGUCAAGCGCACGACGCUGCAAGAAAUUAUCCGCCAAGUCAGGGACCCGGCACCCAGGGUAACAAUCCUCAAAGAUUGCCCUUUCAAGCCGCUCCCGUCACUCCGCCGCCCGUCCCCAGAAGUACUGUCACUCCGCCAUCUGUUUGCAGAAGUAUUGAACCCCAAGACAUUCUGGAUAAGAUGUUUGAGAUUCAAAGCUUGUUACGGAUCGCGUCUGAGUCCAAGGUUGUCGAAAGACAGAAUUUGGAACAGAAUUUGAAAUGUCUGAACGAGAGCAGGGGUAGAGUCAGUCAAUCGGAACUUCAUACUCCGGAUUUUGCGGCCUCGAUGCUCUCCUCUGCUCGAAACCUGAGUUCGAUGAUUGAAAAGUACGUGUCAGAUGAGUCAAAUUGUGACCGGCUGCGGAAGGAACUGAAAGAAGCCGAAUUAGAAUGCAUCACCGACAGUUUGACGACUGACCCAAACCAACAGACAGGCCGUCUACGAGAGGAGGAGCCGCGGUUUAUACCAGAGUUAAUGGAAAACGACCUUCAAUGUAGUUUGGGUUAUGACCAUGGUGCUUGUCCAAGUGUCCCUUCUUACACGCCCCCUGUAUCGAAGAUAGAUGAGAUUUGGCCUGAAGAUUGAAAUGAGAACUACACUGAUAAAAGUGAUACCUACUUUAAGUAUACUACUUCUCCUUCUGCUUCUUAAAUCUCUUAACCAAGCAGAAGGACUCUGAUCUAUAGCAACGUUGCCAGCUUUCAGCCGUGAGGCUUAAGCCAUAGCCUAGAAGCCAUAGCUAGAGCACCGGCCCUUGAUAUGAAGAGGCGAUAGCUGGAAGUUAGAGCUGAUGUAUAUUUAGAGCAACUUUGUGUUGAUUUCAUACUUUUAUUUAUUUUCUGCCCUACUCAUGGGAUCUUUUAGGUUGAAUAUUUGAAGUGUUGUCCCAAGUGUUAUCUUCAAUUGUGAAAUAGUGUAACACUACUUGAA